CGCUAGUUGGAGAGGGAAGCCGUGCUGGAGGGAGCUUCCCUCGGAGAAGGAGGGAGCUAGUGAUGUCUCCGCGGGAGCUUUCCUUCAUCAGCAGUUCAGGCCGUCCUUUUAAAGAAAAUCGCAUGAGCCUUUUCACGCCUGAGCUUUGUAAAACCUCUUGAGAGAAAUUACUGUAGUUCUAGAAAGAGCCUGAUUUACAAUGGGGGACGACAGUGAGUGGAUGAAAUUGCCCAUUGAUCAGAAAUGUGAACAUAAGCUAUGGAAAGCCAGACUAAACGGUUAUGAAGAAGCCCUUAAGCUCUUCCAGAAGAUAGAUGAUGAAAAGAGUCCUGAAUGGUCCAAGUAUCUUGGGUUGAUAAAGAAAUUUGUGACCGACUCCAAUGCAGUGGCUCAGCUGAAAGGACUAGAAGCAGCGCUUGCUUAUGUUGAAAAUGCUCAUGUAGCUGGGAAGACAACAGGAGAAGUAGCAUCAGGAGUUGUAAAUAAAGUGUUCAAUCAGCCAAAGGCCAGGGCAAAAGAGCUUGGUGAAGAUAUAUGUCUCAUGUAUAUAGAAAUUGAGAAAGGAGAGGCAAUACAAGAAGAAUUAUUAAAGGGUCUGGACAACAAAAACCCAAAAAUCAUAGUAGCAUGUAUAGAGACACUGAGGAAAGCACUAAGUGAAUUUGGUUCAAAGAUAAUCUCACUGAAGCCAAUCAUCAAAGUAUUGCCAAAACUUUUUGAAUCUCGGGAAAAGGCUGUUCGAGACGAAGCCAAGCUCCUUGCUGUGGAAAUCUACCGUUGGAUAAGGGAUGCUUUGAGACCUCCAUUGCAGAACAUAAAUUCUGUUCAGCUAAAAGAGCUGGAAGAAGAAUGGAUCAAAGUGUCAUCAGCUGCUCCUAAGCAGACCAGGUUCCUGCGUUCCCAACAGGAGCUGAAAGCAAAAUUUGAGCAGCAGCAGGGACUUGGAGGAGAUGCAGAUGGAGGAGAUGAUGAUGAGGAAGAGGCGGUACCACAAGUAGAUGCAUAUGAGUUGCUUGAAGCUGUAGAAAUUCUCUCCAAGCUUCCCAAAGACUUCCAUGAGAAAAUAGAAGCAAAAAAGUGGCAAGAAAGGAAAGAGGCUCUAGAGGCUGUUGAACUGCUAGUGAAAAAUCCCAAGCUGGAGUCAGGAGACUAUGCAGACUUGGUGAAAGCACUCAAAAAGGUUGUUGGAAAGGAUACAAAUGUUAUGUUAGUUGCUUUGGCUGCCAAAUGCCUUGCUGGACUAGCUACGGGCCUCCGAAAGAAAUUUGGACAGUAUGCAGGGCAUGUUGUUCCAACAAUCCUGGAGAAAUUCAAAGAGAAGAAGCCCCAGGUAGUGCAGGCACUGCAGGAGGCCAUUGAUGCAAUCUUUCUUACAACCACAUUGCAGAACAUAAGUGAAGAUAUUUUGGCAGUCAUGGACAACAAAAACCCAACAAUUAAGCAACAAACAUCCCUUUUCAUUGCAAGAAGCUUCCGACACUGCACACCUUCUACUCUUCCAAAAAGCCUGUUAAAACCUUUCUGUGCUGCACUUCUCAAGCAUAUCAAUGAUUCUGCACCUGAAGUCAGAGAUGCUGGAUUUGAAGCAUUAGGCACUGCCUUGAAAGUAGCUGGAGAGAAAGCUGUGAAUCCAUUUCUAGCAGAUGUAGACAAACUAAAGCUUGAUCGCAUUAAAGAGUGUGCUGAAAAGGUGGAAUUGGUUUAUGGUAAAAAAGCAGGAGGACCAGCUGAGAAAAAAGAAGGCAAGCCUGUUACUGGAAAGGCCACUGCUGUUCCAGGGCCUGCAGGAGAUAAAGAAACAAAAGAUGCAGUGACCAAACCAGGACCACUGAAAAAAGCAUCUGCAGUGAAGGCUGGGGUCCCGCCGAAGAAAGGCAAGCCAGCUACAGCUGCAGGUACAGGAGGUGCUGGGCCUAAAGGCAAGAAGGGUCCUGAGACCAAAGAAAUCUUUGAGGCAGAGCUCUCUAUAGAAGUAUGUGAAGAGAAAGCUGCUGCUGUCCUUCCAGCUUCUUGUAUCCAGCAGUUGGACAGUGGUAACUGGAAAGAGAGGCUUGCCUGCAUGGAGGAAUUUCAGAAGGCUGUUGAGCUUAUGGAAAGAAGUGAAAUGCCUUGCCAAGCCCUAGUAAGAAUGCUGGCCAAGAAACCUGGUUGGAAGGAAACAAAUUUUCAGGUGAUGCAGAUGAAACUGCAUAUAGUUGCAUUAAUUGCACAGAAAGGAAACUUCUCCAAAACUUCAGCACAGGUUGUGCUGGAUGGUCUUGUAGACAAGGUUGGUGAUGUGAAAUGUGGAACUAAUGCAAAAGAGGCCAUGACAGCAAUAGCAGAAGCGUGUCAGUUGCCAUGGACUGCUGAGCAGGUUGUGGCUAUGGCUUUCUCUCAGAAGAAUCCUAAAAACCAGUCAGAAGCUUUGAAUUGGCUUUCAAAUGCAAUUAAAGAGUUUGGCUUUUCUGGAUUAAAUGUCAAAGCUUUCAUCAGUAAUGUGAAGACAGCUCUUGCUGCAACUAACCCAGCUGUGAGGACUUCUGCCAUUACAUUGCUGGGAGUAAUGUAUCUUUAUGUGGGACCUUCUCUGCGAAUGUUUUUUGAAGAUGAGAAGCCAGCCCUUCUCUCUCAGAUAGAUGCAGAAUUUGAAAAGAUGCAAGGACAGACAGCACCAGCUCCAACUCGUGGCAUUUCCAGGCACAGCGUGGGAGGUGGGGAUGAUGGUGAAGAAGAAGAACCGGAGGAGGUUGGGAAUGAUGUUGUGGAUCUCUUGCCAAGAACAGAUAUUGGUGAUAAGAUCACAGCGGAAUUAGUGUCUAAGAUUGGGGAUAAAAAUUGGAAGAUCAGAAAGGAAGGUCUAGAUGAAGUGACAAGCAUAAUAAAUGAAGCCAAGUUCAUUCAGCCAAACAUAGGAGAGCUUCCAGCUGCUCUGAAGGGUCGUCUCAAUGACUCCAAUAAAAUCUUGGUGCAACAAACACUGAGCAUUCUUCAGCAAUUAGCAACAGCAAUGGGCCCCAAUAUCAAACAAUAUGUGAAAAAUUUGGGGAUUCCUGUCAUUACAGUCCUAGGAGAUAGUAAGAAUAAUGUUCGUGCUGCUGCACUGGCAACUGUGAACGCCUGGGCCGAACAAACUGGCAUGAAAGAGUGGUUGGAAGGGGAAGACCUGUCAGAAGAGCUCAAAAAAGAAAAUCCUUUCCUAAGACAAGAGCUUCUUGGUUGGUUGGCUGAGAAGUUGCCUGCCCUCCGUUCUGUUCCUUCUGACCUGCUCUUGUGUGUGCCUCACCUGUACUCCUGCCUUGAAGAUCGAAAUGGGGAUGUGCGCAAAAAGGCACAGGAUGCCCUGCCGUUCUUCAUGAUGCAUCUGGGCUUUGAGAAGAUGGCAAAAGCCACUGGCAAGCUGAAGCCAACUUCCAAAGACCAGGUGCUGGCCAUGCUGGAGAAAGCCAAAGCCAACAUGCCAGCCAAACCAGCUCCUCUUGCUAAAGCAUCUUCCAGAGUGGUAGGAGGAGCAGCUCCAGCCAAAUUCCAACCUGCAUCAGCAUUUACUGAUGAUUUGGGGUCUAAUACUGUGGAAGCCAAGCCUGAUCUCAAAAAAGCCAAAGCAGGAGGACUCUCCUCUAAAACUAAGCAGUCAGAUGUUAAUAGCAGUAUGUCCAAGGGUAAUGCCCGCCUGUCCAAAGCUAAUACAAGGCUCAGCAAGGGCAGUUCGAGUGUGACAAAGAGCCAGUCUAUCAAACAGGUACAGGGAAAGAAGGUGAUAAGCAAGCCUAGUCUGAAGGAAGACGAUGAUAAAUCAGGCCCUAUUUUUAUCAUUGUCCCAAAUGGAAAGGAACAGAGGAUGAGAGAAGAGAAAGCUCUGAAGGUGUUAAAGUGGAAUUUCACUACUCCUCGUGAUGAGUACAUUGAGCAGCUGAAAACUCAGAUGUCCACUUGUGUGGCCAAAUGGCUACAGGAUGAGAUGUUUCAUGCAGAUUUCCAGCACCACAACAAAGCACUGACUGUUAUGAUUGAGCACUUGGAAAGUGAAAAAGAUGGAGUCAUCAGCUGCCUGGAUUUGAUCCUAAAAUGGCUUACCCUGCGGUUCUUCGAUACCAACACAAGUGUUUUGAUGAAAACACUUGAAUACCUUAAAUUGCUUUUCAGUUUGCUGAGUCAAGAAGAGUAUCACCUCACCGAAAAUGAAGCCUCCUCUUUCAUCCCGUAUCUUAUCCUAAAGGUAGGAGAACCGAAAGAUGUCAUCCGUAAGGAUGUACGUGCCAUUCUGAACAGAAUGUGUCUCAUCUAUCCAGCCAGCAAGAUGUUCCCAUUUAUCAUGGAGGGGACAAAAUCAAAAAACUCCAAACAGCGUGCAGAAUGCUUGGAAGAGCUUGGAUGUCUGGUUGAAUCGUAUGGCAUGAAUGUAUGCCAGCCAACUCCAGGGAAAGCCUUAAAAGAAAUGGCGACCCACAUUGGUGACCGGGACAACGCCGUGCGCAACGCUGCACUGAACACCAUCGUGACUGUCUACAACGUCCAUGGUGACCAAGUGUUCAAGCUGAUUGGAAAUCUUUCAGAGAAAGACAUGAGCAUGCUGGAGGAAAGAAUAAAGCGGUCAGCCAAGAGACCCUCUUCUGCUCCAGUGAGGCAGGCAGAGGAGAAACCCCAGCGUACUCAGAACAUCAGUGCCAAUGCCAGCAUGAUGCGCAAGGGACAAGCUGAGGACAUGUCCUCCAAACUCAACCAAAAUCGCAACAUGGGCAGCCACUCAGAAACAACACAUACAGUUCCACGGGAAUUUCAGCUGGAUCUUGAUGAAAUUGAAAAUGACAAUGGAACCAUCAGAUGUGAGAUGCCAGCACUUGUACAGCACAAACUAGAUGACAUCUUAGAGCCAGUCUUGAUUCCUGAGCCCAAAAUCCGUGCUGUGUCCCCGCACUUUGAUGAUAUGCACAGUAACACAGCUUCUACUAUCAACUUUGUCAUUUCCCAAGUGGCUAGUGGUGAUAUAAAUACAAGCAUCCAGGCUCUGACACAGAUUGAUGAGGUACUCAAACAGGAGGACAAAGCAGAAGCUAUGUCUGGCCAUAUCGACCAAUUCCUAAUAGCCACAUUUAUGCAGCUCCGGUUAAUCUACAAUACACACAUGGCAGAUGAGAAGCUGGACAAAGAUGAGAUUGUCAGACUUUACAGCUGUAUUAUUGGGAGCAUGAUCACGCUAUUUCAGAUAGAGAGUCUGGCUCGAGAGGCAUCCACUGGUGUUCUCAAAGACCUAAUGCAUGGUCUUAUUACAUUAAUGCUGGAUUCUCGGGUAGAAGAUCUUGAGGAGAGUGAGCAGGUCAUCCGAUCAGUCAACCUCUUGGUAGUUAAAGUUCUGGAGAAGUCUGACCAGACCAACAUCUUGAGUGCUCUGCUUGUCCUGCUCCAAGACAGUCUUCUAGCAACAGCCAGCUCUAAGUUUUCAGAACUUGUCAUGAAGUGUCUGUGGAGAAUGGUGCGUCUUCUUCCAGAAACCAUUAAUAGCAUCAAUCUGGAUCGGAUUCUGCUGGAUAUCCACAUUUUCAUGAAGGUCUUUCCCAAAGAGAAGCUGAAGCAAUGUAAGAGUGAGUUCCCUAUUAGGACAUUGAAGACGCUGCUUCACACCCUGUGCAAGCUGAAAGGGCCCAAGAUCUUAGAUCAUUUAACAAUGAUAGACAACAAAAAUGAGUCUGAGCUAGAAGCUCAUCUUUGUAGACUAAUGAAACACACUAUGGAGCAGACUGGAAAAGCUGAUAAGGAUACAGAAAAAGGAGCUUCUUGCAUAGAGGAAAAGGCUUCAAAAGCCAAAGUCAAUGAUAUUUUGGCAGAAAUAUUUAAGAAGAUUGGCUCAAAGGAGAACACCAAGGAGGGUCUGGCAGAACUGUAUGAAUACAAAAAGAAAUAUUCUGAUGCAGACAUUGAGCCCUUCCUGAAAAAUUCCUCACAGUUCUUCCAAAGCUAUGUGGAAAGAGGCCUCCAACUGAUAGAAACAGAACGGGAAGGGAAAGGAUGCAUUGCUACUUCUACAGGAAUUUCUCCUCAGAGGGAAGGAACAUGUGUUCCCGCGCCUACCCGCACUGUGUCUUCGUCUACAGGAAACACAAAUGGGGAGGAAGUGGGGCCUUCAAUUUACUUGGAAAGAUUAAAAAUCCUCAGGCAGCGUUGUGGCCUCGACAAUGCAAAGCAGGAGGACAGACCCCCUCUGACGUCUCUGCUCUCUAAACCAACACUCCCUACAGUUGCAUCCUCUACAGAUAUGCUUCACAGUAAGCUCUCCCAGCUGCGUGAGUCCCGGGAGCAGUACCAACAUCUGGACCUGGACUCCAAUCAGACUCAUUCCUCUGGCUUUGGAACUACCCUGGCUUCAUCCUCUUCUGCAGCGGCCAAUAUUGAUGACUUGAAAAAAAGAUUGGAGAGAAUAAAAAGCAGUCGCAAAUAGAGAUGCAAAGAGACGGUAUCGCUGUUGCUUGGGGCUGUCUUCAGCUUUAGUUUACUAAACUAGAAGUCUUCAUAGUUAAAUGGCCUCGUUUAGGCCUAAUGUAUACAAACUGGUUUAUGUAUAAUACAGUGGAUUUUGGGGGGUUGAGUCAUUGUGGCACAAGUAUUUGUACAUAAUCUGCUUCUCAAUGAGCAUCUCUUUGACUAUAGAAGGCUGUCUGUGUAUUAGUUUUAGUGUACAGACCUGUAAACAACCAUCCUCUUGCUCAGACUAGUUUCUCAUGACUUGGGCUUUUUAUUUGUAAAGUUGUCUUUAAAAUCUUUUCCUAGUUCUUAACUCUUAGACUUCUAGUGAUUUCACUUUUAAUUUUGUGAAUUCUUCUCCAUGUAAUCCUUGAACUGUUGAUUCUGUAUGGACACAUGGCAUGAAGUAACUAAUUUAAGUGUCUUUUGUAAAUAAAGUUUGCAUUAACUAUACCAGUCUCUAUAGGAACAGCAGCAACUGCUGGUUAGAGGUCACUCUAUUUCUGAAUGUUAGUGACUGGGCAUCUAGAAACUGAACUAAGCUGACAUGAACCUUGGGGUUUGAAUACACUGUAAGGAAGAUGAGUGGAAAUACACUAGCUGUGGGUGCAGUCCUGAGACUUGGCACUCUAUGAGCAGUAGUACAUUUUUUAUAUAGUUGCUCUUUUUGUUUUUGGAAUGUUUCUGUAACUUGAAACUUAUUCAUUUGCUGAAAUGUUUAUUUUGAAUUAUCUAGUCUUUGUGAUGCCUUUACCCAGAUUAUGUGGUCCCAUCUGAGGGAGUUUUCUUUGAGGGAGCCUGCUGCUGUUGAUAUGGAAUAGAGUAGCAGUGGUGUAUGGUCAGUGGACUCAUUUAUCCUGAACUCAUCUGAUUAAGCAGUGUUCCUCAUUCAGGUAAACCUUGCUCACUACAUUCUUUUUGCUCUUAAACAUCAGAUCUUACCAUUUUGUAACUAAGACAUCUAAAGAGAACUAGUCUGCAAAAGUUGAAGCCACUUUUUCUUUUUUUUUUAAUGAGUGAAGAGCCUUUUUCAGAAGCUCCAAAUAAUGAAGAUUUAAGACACACUGCAUAUUCUUUCUGGCCCUUUCAUUUCUAGGGAGGUCGUGUAUUUUCACCUUACUGCUGCACUUCCAUGUGAAAACUGGUUGUGAAGCAUAAAUUGCACAUCUGUUCCUUAGCUAGAACAGUGUUAUUGAAGGGUUGGACAGGCAGGCUUAAAAUAACACACAUCUAUGCUAGAUUUUUAAUCUGUUCCAUGUAGCUGCUGCUUUUGUUGCUUGCUAUUUGGACCAGCAGUCUCUACAUAAGAGCCAUUGCUGAAACUCUCUUGCCUGAUUACAGUAAAAAACGUGACUUUAAAUUAGUGCUUGUACAACAGAUCUAUGCCAGAGCUGCUGCAAAUGUCUGAAAUCUUCCUUUCACAGGACCCCUAGGCUUGGGUUGCAGUUGACAUAAUGCUGCUUGGUGCUUAUGGUGAGUUUGCACACUGAUAGCAGGUGACCACAAGCAUUCUCCAUCCUGUGUUAACUGAUAUGAUGCCAUUCAUUGCUCCACUGCCUCGAUUUAGUAGUCAGUCUCCUCUCAUAACCUGAAAUGGGUGUGCACUUUUGGAACAGAGCUCUGUUACAAGUGGAGGUUUGGCCCUUAUUGGUAAGUGCUGUGGUUUUGUGCACUUAAACUGGGGCAGUUUGUGAAUAGUUUGUGUUGGCUACAGUUACACUAGAGUUACUGCCACUACCUCUCAAUUACUAGCUGCUCUCUGAAACUUAGUGACAUUUAAAUUAAUCCAUAUGUUCCUUUACCAUAUUCAGCAGACAUUCUGAAGAACUAUUUGUUAAUUAGCUCAGGAUGUUAAAACAGCAAUGCCUGCAAACCUGCAUAAACUAUUUUAAAUAUGAAGCUGAUUCAAAAGUGAAAUACAGGAAUAAUUGAGUAGCAGAAGAUAUAGUUGUUUUUACGAAUGAGUUUUUGCCCUGUGUCUUUGUAGUGUUUGGUUGGACUCAAUAUCCUGGGAGUUCUGAACUAAAACUUGUGCACAUAAAUUAAUAAAGCCUAAUCUUUAGCCCAGACAAUAUUUAAAUAACAUUAAACUGAAUUUUCAAAAUUA